CGCGAGUCCGCGGUGACGCGCGCGCGCGCGGUGAUCGCGCGCGCGCGAUUCGGUGCGCGCGCGCGUCCCGGACCGCCAUGGCGCGCGCGUCCGUCGCGCCGGCGCGAGGCGACGUCGCCGCGCGUCGCCGAAGCGCGCGACGCGCGGCUCGAGGACGCGUCGGUGCGUCGCGUCGCGUCGCGCGCGACGCGACGCGCGAUGCGACGUACGCGAGCGGGCUGGCGACGCUGGAAUCGUGCGUCGAGGCGGAGCAGUUCGAUCGAGCGAUGAUGGAGGAGCUCUUCGACGUGGCGGACGCGAUGGAGCGCGUGCGACCGGGCGCGCCGGAGUCGACGAUGCUGCAGGGAUACCUGAUGAGCACGCUGUUUUAUGAACCGUCCACGCGCACGCGAUUGUCGUUCGAGGCGGCGAUGGGACGACUGGGCGGCGGCAUCGUCAGCACGGAGAGCGCGGGGGAGUACUCGAGCGCGGCGAAGGGGGAGACGCUCGAGGACACGAUGCGAACGGUGGAGGGAUACGCGGACAUCGUCGUUCUGAGACAUUUCACCGCGGGGUCGGCGCGCCGAGCGGCGAACGCGAUCGGGAAACCACUCAUCAACGCAGGCGACGGACCGGGUCAGCACCCGACGCAAGCUUUGCUCGACGUGUACACGAUUCGCAAAGAAAUCGGCAGGUUGGACGACUUUAAAAUCGCCCUCGUCGGCGAUUUGGCCAACGGGCGCACGGUGCGCUCGCUCGCCAGCGCGUUGACGCAAUUCAACAACGUCAAGUUUUACUUCGUGGCCCCGGAUGUGGUGAAGAUGAAGGACGACAUAAAGGACUUGUUGACGAGCAAAGGUAUCGAGUGGGAGGAGGCGACCGACUUGGCCGCCGUGGCGGCGGAUGUGGACGUUUUGUACCAAACGCGAAUUCAAAAAGAACGAUUCGCGAACCCGGAAGAUUACGCCAAAGCGAGCGGAAAAUACAUCGUCGACCGCACCAUCAUGGACGCUUUGCCGAAAUCGUCCGUCGUCAUGCACCCCUUACCUCGCGUCGACGAAAUCGUCGUCGACGUCGACGACGAUCCGCGCGCCGGAUAUUUCCGUCAAGCUCAGAACGGUCUCUUCAUUCGCAUGGCGCUCUUGAAAGUGUUGCUGCGCGUGUAAUACUCGCGUUAUCGCAACUACGUUUCCUAC